AUGUCCCGAGUAUCACAGGCUUUGCCGGCGGGAUUGCCUGCCGCCCCAAAGCCUUUGAACGUCCCUAAUGAGUUGAAUCAAACCAAAAAUCAAAUCACAAAUGCCAGGACCGGCGUCGAGACGUACGAGAAAGCCUUUCGGGAGAGCUUGACCUUCAAGCGAGCCCAGUUCCAACCGUAUGCGAUAUUCUCCGCAGAAGUGCCCACCACAUCCAUGACGAGCGACGAGGACUAUGCCAAUGAAAUGAUCUUGAGAGCUAAGGAUGCAUUGUUGCGGCAGAGUGGCCAAAAAAAGAAGCUGGAGGAGGAGCAUGCCAAUCAAAAGCUGGACUCGGAGGAACAGCUCAGGCUCAAGGUCGCCACUACCCGGAGAAAGUUUCAGGCAAAGAAAUCGCUGCUCGAAGCGGGCCCAAAGUUUGUCCAUCACUUUUGCUGCACAUAUGGUCCAGUCCUUCACGUGCACGGUCUCACUUCCCGGCUGUAUGUGGCCUUCGCAUCCAAUACAUGGCUCGAGUUCUGGGAAUUCGCACCCGGCUCCACGCAGCCGACGCUCCGCAACGUCAUCCAAGACCUUCCUACGGAUGCCAUCACCUCCGUCUUGCAUCUCUUCACUCACGAGAAAUCGGCGCAAACAGCGGAAGAGCUAGACAUUUCUGGCUCAAGUAGCGGAGAUGCUGAUUCAAUCGACGUCAACGACGAUGAACCCAUUCGGCUCUCAGUGUCGUCGCAGAGGGCAUCUCGUGUCGUUUCCCCACCUCCGCCACCAUUAAAAAUGACGAUCAAGUCCUUACGUGAGUCACAGAAACCAUCUCAACCAGCGCCCACAGGCGGCGCCGUGGCAAAAGAAGAUAAGGGAAGCAAAACCCGACUUUGGGGACCCUCAACCGCCGCCUCGCGAGCACCUUCCGCUAGGCGACGAGUGAUCGGAAACGUUCUUGAGGAGGAUGAAGAAGAAGACGACGAGGAAAACUCCGAUGACAAAGCUGAAGACGCAAAUCUGGGCUCCGGGACCGAACUCGCACAGGAAGAGCCAGAGACGCUUGAGCCUGCCGAGUCAAUGCCGUUCACUUUGUCAAAGCAUGUCUUCUUUUUGGGAUGUGCAACGGGUGCAGGGGUUUUAUUGACCAUCGAGGUCGUGUUCGACCGAGCAGCGGAUACUCUGACGUAUACCUGCAAUGUUCACAAUCAACGUCGCCUCUCGAGGGCAGCGAUCCGAAGUUGCUGCUUUGUGGAUUACGACGAUGUUGUCGUCUGCCUCGUGUCGCACACCGGAAGCGAUCAGAUCCUCGCGGCGUACAACCUUGAUCUGGAGGAUGAGUGGCAAUGCAAAGGCGAUGUGCUGAAGUAUAUCGCUAAAGACAAGCAACUCAAAGUCAUUGCGCAGACGCGGUUGGAGUCCGUGAGAGAGAGUCUGGGGCUGGAGGACGACCGGCCGACGGCAAAUCUGGAUGAUUCCUUCAUCACAGCCUUUUGCGCCGACAGCGUGCAACGAUACCUGCUGAUAGCCAUGAAAUCCGGAGCACUCCUGCGUCUUAAUUGUGAAACAGUCAUCGGCGGCGUAACAGGCCGAGACCGGGAAAAAGACACCACUACCUUAGAGCCCGAGAAGCCUCCCAUGGGAAUAGGGAGUCGGAGGUCAAGCUUCAGCGGUGAACCACCUUCCCUGGCCGGGCGACGAGCGAGUGUGACGAUGGAGUACGUGCCUCCGCCAGCGCGGAAGGAUCUCUUUGUCGCUUGGUGUUUAGAUAUUCAACCGCUGCCAACAACAUCUCUCAGCCCCGUGCGCCCACCAGGCAAGUCCGACGAGGAAGGCCAGCAGCGUAGCCCGGGAAAAGCAUUCUAUUCUUUCCGCACCGGCCCAGAGAUCUUGGCCAAACACAUCAGAACCUUCCUCCACACGGAAACCAAGAAGCCAUAUCUCCUUCUCUGCUGCACCGACGGAUCCCUUCGCAUGUAUGCCAUGGAAGGCGGCCUUGCCACGGCCACGCCCGUCGUUUACACCUACGCCGACCAAGACAAGGAUUCACAUGGCCUCGCCACCGAGCCGGUGUUGGUCUGGGCGGACGUGGCGAAUCUGAGGAUCGAUGGGGCGCCGUUCAGGCAGUAUUUGAUGGCAUAUACAUCCGAUGGCAUCUUCCUCGUGUACGCUGUCUCCACACCAAUCCCAUUAAUGGAACACCGUAUCCUCUCCAACCGAGUCUCUCAACUCUCGCGAGACACGCCAUCAAGUUCAUCCAACUCGCACCUCGACAGAGACUCAUCCGACCCCGCUGCGAGCGCUGGCGCACGCGGCGCGGUGCAAUCGUACGGGGCUCCAUUCACCCCAGGUGGCAAUGGACUGUCAACCAAACGAAGUUGUAGGAUGCUGGAUCCCAAGACGGGAACAUGUAUUAUUACGGCGGGGAGGGAUUGGGGGUUAGUGGAUAUGAGGAGGUUGACCAGCUGGGAUGCAAACACUCUGUCGUUGGCCGUGGGGAAACCGACGACAUCGGGGAGGGGACAGAGUGGGGUAUAGAUCAGGAAACUGCGUAGAUUUGACGAUGUUUCGCGGACAGGGAAACCAUUUAUGCGGUGGGCUCAACGUCCCGGUGUUCACCAGAAUGUUCAUUGCGGUUCCAAGACACUAUUCUACAUGUACACUUUACUGUAAGCUAGCUGGCUAGCCAUGCGUAAACUGCCCACAUCAAUAAGUAC